AUGGCGCUGAAGCCUAAGGUCGUGAGACGGCUCUUGCUACUCCUAGUCAGUACAGGAGUUCUGGGUCUUUUUGCUUGGGUUGCUCUUACAGAUCCGGAGCUCUCGCGGGCUACACGGCAGCUGUGGGACGACAAUGUAUGGAGCCAUGCCUUGAAAAGCACCAACACCCCUUUUGCGUCUUCCAAGAGUCCGAUCGACAUGGAUCCCUCAUAUGUAAAAAGCGCAAGUCCCGUGGAGCGCCGUUUUGACUGGACGGUACAGCGUGAGAUCAAAGCACCUGAUGGUAUUCCGAGAUUGAUGUACACCAUUAAUGGCCAAUUUCCAGGCCCCACUAUCGAAGUAACGGAAGGAGAUACUGUGGUCGUCCAUGUGGUAAACCAUAUCUUUGACGAUUAUCAAGUGCCUGAAUUCUUGUUCGAUAAUAAACUGGAACACGUCCAUCCAACAGGUACCGACAAGCGUUUCUCUAUACAUUGGCAUGGCCUAUCAAUGCGUGGCAUGCAGGUCAUGGAUGGCGCUGCGUCCUUUACAUCUUGCCCUAUUAGACCUGGAAAUGAGACUACUUACAAGUUUGUCGUGCAGAAGGAGGAUGUGGGUACGCAUUGGUACCACUCGCAUGUCGGUACGUCGCGUGCAGAUGGAUUGUGGGGUAUGUUCAUCGUGCAUGCCCGCGACGAUGAGCGUCAAGUGCUAGCUGAGCGUGCACCUUCGUUCCGUACUCACUGGGACGAAGAGAUUACCAUUGCACUAGGCGAUCACUUCCACAAAAUGAGUCCAGAAAGUCUGGGUCGAUACGUCUCGCGCACACUCUCCAAUGCGGAGCCUGUGCCUGAGAAUGGUCUGAUCAAUGGCAAGAGCAUCUUUUCGUGUGAGAUGAGUAAAUUGACUGGCGUUCCAUGCCCAGCAGGGGAUGACAAGGAUGAAGUCGGUGAAUAUACAGAAUUCCGUCUGGACCCUACGAAAACAUAUCGCCUGCGUCUUGUGAAUGUUGGCUCGCUAGCGGAUAUGACUUUCAGCGUGGAUGGUCACACUCUGACAGUUGUAGAGGCCGAUGGAACGCUAGUCGAGCCUAUGGAGGUACAUCGUAUACCCAUUGCACCUGGUCAGCGUUACUCUGUGAUCUUACAUCGAGAGCCUUCAAACCGCGAUAAGCGUGUGUGGAUGCGAUCAGAUAUGUCGGGCGAAUGUUUCAAGUACAUGAACCCAGUCCUAUACCCCUUUAUUCGUGCCAUUGUGACCUAUGAUGAGCCUGACACCUGGACAGGUGUAGGUGGCUGGCUUUCGCCACUACGUCAUCGCAGUAAUCGCCGUGCCAUGUCAGAGCGUGUGUAUGAGCAACGAACCCGAGGCCUGUCACGCAUGCUGCCAUCAACGCGCCCAUGGCUGCCUAAUGUUACGGAUGCAGGUAUACCUACUGAGCCAUGUCAUGAUCUGGAGCCAGGUACGCUGGUACCGUUGAUUCCAGACCCAGCCCCGGCAUUGGACUUUGCCAAUGGCGACAGGCGCGAAUACGUCACAAUUGAAGUGCUAAACCGUCAAAAGUAUCAAGUUCCCAUGGCGUUUAUGAACUUGACAACAUGGCGUCCCUAUGGUCGCCGUGGUGCUUCGCAGCAGCCGCUUUUGCACAGAAUUUCGCACAGCAAUGCUACAACACCGCAAGCAUGGAUCGAGCAAGGCUUGAUCAACAAGGAGCAUGAGCUUUUGGCUGUAACGCAUCCGUCCAAGCCUGUCGUAUUUGAACUCGUUUUGAGGAAUUUGGACGACGGCCCGCACCCUUUCCACCUGCAUGGCCACAAGUUCUGGGUCCUUCACACAGGAGAGAUGGAACGUGUGCGUUUCCGGUACACGAAGGAGCUGGAAGACUCUCUAGAUCUAUCGCGCGCCAUGAAACGCGACACAGUCGUCGUGCCCAUGAUGGGCCACGUGAUUAUUCGCUGGGUCGCAGACAAUCCUGGUGUAUGGGCCUUCCAUUGUCACAUGUUGGUCCACCUCGCGAGUGGAAUGGCCAUGGCGUUUGUGGAGCAGCCGAGUGUCCUCCAAGCGCAUCCGCCUGUGCCCGCCGCCUGUCAGUAG